CUGAGACGACAGUGUUUUGCUGAUCUCCUCGAACGUCCAACAUCUUUGUGCCGCUGACGACUCGACAACUACAUCCGGGUAACCGUGGUGACCUUGGUUGGUUGAUCAUCAUGGCGGCUAUCGUCAGGUUGAGUGCUCUCUGUCGCAGAGGUGUCAAACCUCUGUUCUACCAAACGACUUUGCUGGCCAGGCCGCUGGUUAUACCACACAAACAUCAGGAGCAGCCCUACAUGCUGACAGCAAGGAUUCAUGCAUCGCAGGCUCUGUACGCUGGCUCUGGCUCCAAAGCUGCCUCCCUGCACUGGACAGCAGAGCGAGUGCUGAGCAUCUUGCUGCUGGCCAUGGGACCCGUGGCCUAUUUUAACCCCAGUCCUGUCAUUGAUUACUCCCUGGCUGCUGCCUUGACCCUGCAUGGACACUGGGGUAUCGGGCAGGUGGUAACAGACUACGUUCACGGUGACACAAAGAUCAAGAUGGCCAAUGCAGGUCUCUUCCUCCUGUCCACGGUCACCUUCGCUGGUCUUUGCUAUUUCAACUACAACGACGUGGGCAUCUGCAAAGCUAUCGGCCUGCUCUGGAGCAAAUAAAUAUGAGUGUGGACUGGAAAACUUAGGAGGACCUAGACACUGGGAGGGGAGCAGUCUUGUCCUGGCUGAUUGUAAAAAUUCAAGGUGUUCUGUGUAAAUUCUUAUAAAUAUAUCAUUUUGACAAUAUUACGGUGAUUCACAAUUGUGUAAUUGUAACGUCGAUCAAUACAAUGGUUUGCCACUGGGAUCCAUUUCCUGUUGAAAUAUGUGAGAAAUUAGCCUCUGCUAGCAUUCACUGUGGACUUAAUUAAAGCUAUGUUUCCCUAUAGUUUUGAUCCCAAGCAACACCAUGUCCAGUUUUCAAAAUGUCAAUUCCAACUUUGCAAAUAAGAGAACCAGUGUCGAGACAUGUACUUGUUCUAUUUACUGGGCACAUGCAUGUUUUCAACAAGACAGCCAUGACUUCUAGCAAGUCUUACAGGACAGUGCUGUUAUACAUCUAAUUUAUUUUUUCAUGUUCAGGUCAUCUUUGUGGAAGAUUUCUUAAAUGUCUCAUUUCCAUCACAGUAUGUCUACAUACUACCCCUUGCUCGUGAACCCAUCAGGGAUAACCGGGGCAGCACUACAGAUUAGAGCAGUGUUUAUAGAAGAGUUGACACCACCCCUCCACUCCACCCCCGUUUACGAGUGAUUCAACAUGUCCACUUAAUGUGUCUUUUGUCAUCAAGGCCUGAUCUUUUCAACGCAGCCUCAGUGUCCCCCUGUGUCUCUGCUGGCUAUGUUUUAAGCAACUUAAAGUCAGAGGAUGUAUUUUGUAUGUGCAGUA